UUACGUUUCCAAAGCUACAUCCGGUCUCUACAGCUAGCUACAGCUAGGAGGUGUGACAGGAGGGUAGCUACAGUGGAAGUGACAGUUGUUCUGCUUUAUGAAUGGCCCUUUUUAAAAGUAGUAAAAUGCUCGUAAAUCGCUUGCCUCGACUGUGCUCUUUGUGUAGCCGUGUAUUCUACAGCAGCAGAGGAAGAAGAGCAGGCUGGAGGACACUUACAGGACACACCAGUCUGGAAUAUGCUAACAUCACACAGGUGCAACAACACUGGGGCACAGUAGCACCAAAACGCCUCUCUCAUAGUGAUUUUGGGGACUUGUACAAGACUGAGUCUGUUCAGAGGUUUCUCCAGCAGCUCAUGGAGGAGUACAAGGACUCCAGUAAGAAGAUACAGCAUGCACAACUCAGUGAAUCAGAGAGGAAAAUACUCAUCAAGAGGCAGAAGGAGUUGCUGCCUCUGGCAAAUGUGUUUGAGAAUAUUCAACAAGCCUUGAAAGACCUUGAGGAAAUCCUUUCACUCCUGCAUAGUUCAGCAGGUACCAAAGAUGAAGAUGAACAGUUGACCCAGCUGUUGAAAGACGAGGAAGCGCAAAUCUCACACAAUAUUUUGGCCUUAAGAAAAGAUUUAAUCAGGGCUCUUGUUCCUGUCGACCCUCUGGAUUCCAGUAAUGUUGUGAUGGAGGUUGUAUCAGGACGGACAACAGGAGGGGACAUCUGUCAGCAGUUCACAAGGGAAAUGUUUGACAUGUACCAGGGCUUUGCCUCUUACAAGAAUUGGGAGUUUGACGUUUUGAACUACACAACUGCUGAGAUGGGUGGCCUGCACCAUGCAGCCAUGAGAAUAGCAGGGGAGAAUGUGUACAGACAUGUGAAGCAUGAAGGGGGGACACACCGGGUGCAGAGGAUCCCCGAGGUGGGCCUCUCCUCCAGGAUGCAGCGUAUCCACACGGGAACCAUGACUGUCAUCAUCCUGCCUCAGCCAGUGGAGUUUGACGUGCACAUCGAACAGAAGGACCUUCGCAUCGACACGUUCAGAUCUCGGGGCGCCGGGGGCCAGAGCGUCAACACAACAGACAGCGCAGUGCGCAUCGUUCAUCUUCCCACCGGUGUAACAGCUGAGUGCCAGCAGACCCGCUCUCAGCUGAGGAACAGAGACCUUGCCAUGGGCAUGCUGCGGGCCCGGCUCUACCAGGGCAUGAGGAGUAAAGACACUGAGCAGAGGCACUCGGCACGAAAGCAGCAGGUGGGCACACGUUCUCAGUCAGAGAGGAUUCGAACCUACAACUUCAGCCAGGAUCGCAUCACAGACCACAGGACUGGGUAUGUUACGAGAGACAUUAAGGAGUUCAUGAGAGGAGGCGAGGAUCUGGAGGAUCUGAUCUCUGACGUGCAUGAGCAUGCAGAGAGGGAGGCUGUGCUGGAGGUGGUGGAGAGCCGCGGCGUGAAAGCGUCCUGACAGACUGCACACUGAAGUCAAAUAUACUCAACAAGUACUGUGACUGCACAUCGGAGCUGACAUAUCAAUAUGAAUGUAUGCAAUAGUCACAUUUCAAAGGAUGCCAUGGAAGACAAACUGAGGAAUAUGUAUUUUUAUAAAUUAUCAAUACUUGAAAUGUAAAUGCAUUUGCUUAUCAACGUAGUAAGUUAUUACUAGCUAAGAGCUGCACAUAUAUACUGGAAAUGUUUUUUAUAAUAAAGAUAUAGUGUAUGAAGUGGUG